AUGUACUUAGGUUGUCAUCCCGAACAUGACAUCAUCCCAGAUGGGACGAUAGCUCAGUUGGGAGAGCGUGCGAUUGAAGUUCGCAAGGUCGCUGGUUCGAUCCCGGCUCGUCCCAUUACUUUUUGCAUUUUUUUGACCUACCUACUUACUACAUUCACUUGGGGAGACAGGAAGAAUGAUGACGGAUUGAUUAAUAAUGAAUCAAUUGUUCCUAACAAUCACUCGAUCUACAUCCCAAAUGGGACGAUAGCUCAGUUGGGAGAGCGUGCGAUUGAAGUUCGCAAGGUCGCUGGUUCGAUCCCGGCUCGUCCCAUUAUUUUUUGUAUUUUUGCCCCCCUCCCCACCGCUACCCGGCUCAAGCAUAUGAGCCCAGGUCGGGACGAGUCUAGAAUACUGCAAAGCUAG